ACGAGUGACGUGCGUUAUCAGCGCGCACGAUACAAUACGUCCCGGCGAAAAGCAACCGGCCCGUGUCGCGUUGCGACAUAUAAGCCCGCGCGAUAAAAGCUGCUUCAAACGCGAUGCUCUCACUCGGGAAAUAUUCGCUGAGCUCAGGCGGAGCGUCCGCGCGAGAGUCGAGCGGUGCGAUGGGGUAACGCAUAUACGGUCUUCGUGAUGACAGCAUUUGUAAUUGCACGCGGUGCAGUCAAAUUUGUCGCAUAAUGACGGCACAAUUUCGACGCGACGCAACUGGAAAUCCAGAGCGUGUAGGUACGCGCCGCGUGCACUCCUCUCGCGUGGAUUCUCACGUCGUUCUAUCCUUCCUCCCUCCUGUCCGCGAUAAUACCCGCGAGAUUGUAAUUGUCUUCCUUUCGUAAUCACGCGCGGGUACGAGCAUUAUAUAUAUACUUAUUUUUUUACGACGACUGGAAUACGAAAGUAUUCCAGAGGUGCGCAAAAUGAUCGUCGAGCCCCGUCGAGACGGCGAUCGUGAGACGGCGAUGGGACUUUUACCUGGGCGCGAAAAGCUGAAAAGUCUUUCCCAUGAGAGAAAGACAGAGAGAAAGGAACGGGAACGGUGAAGCAAGGCGAGCCGGUGAUCGCGUAGUGGGACCAACAAAGUUACCUGGAUCGACAACAGAUACUUUUCUCGGCAGUAACCACCAAGACACCAUGACGACACGAUCACUCGCAUCGUUCUCGACGCGACCGACGUCGGCCGUCGGUCUCAUCACCGCGUUCCUCCUUAUCGCGGCGGCACAAAUAUGCAGCGGAGCGUACUACGGGAAACUGAUCGGCAAGCUGUCUGAACUUCAUCACGGCGUGAGCGGCGAGGUUUAUGCCGUCGACGCGAGGACGCUGUUCAUCAAGGAUUUCACCUACGAUGGCGAAGGUCCAGCCGCCUUCUUUUACGCUGGAAGUAGCAAGAGUCCGGGCAACAACGGAUUCCGGGUGCGAGACGAGCACGGAACCACGAACGUCCUUAAACGGUACCGCAAGAAGGACAUCACGCUGACCUUACCGGACGGCAAGACCUUGAACAACAUCAAAUGGUUUUCGGUUUGGUGCGACGAAUUCUCAGUGAACUUUGGCGACGUCAAGAUUCCGCGAAGCUUCGACUAUCCGAAACCGCAGAAACUGAAGUCAUUAAGCGGCAUACAUGGCGUUAGUUCGGAGCCAGUUGUCAUCGUGGACGCUCAGACCCUUUUGAUACCCAGUUUCAGUUACGACGGCGAAGCACCUGAUGCCAAGUUCUGGGUAGGCGCCGGACCGUCCCCCUCGCCGCAGGGUAUACGGGUGCCCGACGAGAACGGGAAGGAGCAGCCAUUGCGCCGUUACGAUCGCAAAACGAUCGUGCUGACGUUACCGGGCGACCUGACCGUCCACCAGCUCGGUCACUUUGGGGUGUGGUGCGAGGCCUUCACCGUGGACUUCGGCCACGUGCAGAUGCCGCAUAAUCUGAACGUACCGCCGUCCCUCAGGAUGCUGGGAGUCUCGCCACAGUCGAAGCUUAACUGCGAGGUCCUCGAGGACAGCUUGGCCUUCGAGGUACGAUGGGCCGUGGCCGGAGACAGCAUUGUCGUCCAGCUCGUUGCAAAGCUAGAUGCCGGACAAUACAUGUCCUUCGGAGUAUCCGCGGACACGGAGAGGAGCACGAUGGUCGGCGGGGACGUCACCGUGGCCUGGGUCGACAAGCAGACCCUGCAGGGAUACGCCAUCGAUUACUUCCUGGACGCCAAGUCCCAGUGCUCGGGACGCCGCGGUAGCUGCCCGGACAGGCGUAUACAGGAGAACACGGACUCGGUGCGGCUGUUGAACGCGGCGAUGGUGAACGGCUACAGUAUCGUCACAUACCAGAGACCGCUGAAGGCCAGCGACGAGCUGGACCGGCAGAUAUUGACGAAUAGAUCGCAGGCUAUAAUCUGGGCGAUCGGGCCGCUAAACGAGCGGCAGGAGGUCAGUUUUCACAGCCAUUAUCUGAGGACUGAUCGGUUCAUCGAGUUCGGCAGACCGCCCGCGUGGAAUUGCCCGAUGCCAGAUCAGGAGCCUCCCCACGAUGUUAACGAGACGGCGGGCAGCAAUCAGGCCAUCGUCGUCACGAGAAGGCCGCAACGUGUACCGGCGACUCCUGCACCGGCUUCAACGAACGACGCUUGGGAGAUACCACCGAUUCAGUGUUACGAGCCGGACGACGGUAUCUUCUACGCGCAGCUGGGACCUACCGGAGGAAAACACGGCUACCCGGCUAUUACCGGUACCGAACCAGACGAUAAUCUCGAUGCGAGGGAUAUCGUCUCUCGACUUGAGUCAAAAAGUUCUGUUCCGCGUAACGUGAUUUACACAUGCACGGAAUUUAUCCUGAAAAUCGUAUACACUUUCGUCGUGGAAGGCGGCGAGGAUCCCAAUUUCCCGGCGCGUUAUCAUCCAUUCUACAUCACCGACGACCCGAUAGGCGGCUACUAUCACAAAACGGCCGAGGAGAAAGCGAAAGUGAAGAUAUUCGCCGGCGUGCGCCGGCAACGCGGCAAGGUCACCCCCACGGGCGUGGGUCGCCUCUGCAACUGGGUGCACGAUGAAAAUGCACCGGAGGCGGACGAGUUCGCGUCCUUCGGGGCUUACCAGCGCACCCUGACCCUCUUGUGUGACCACGGCGAGCCGGGCAUCGUGGAGUGGACACCCGACGAGCACACCCCCGACACGGUGUACUAUCAGUGCUUCACGCAUCGUUACCUGGGCUGGAAGAUCAACGUUCUCGACAGCUGCGACGCUAGCGAGGCGUCGGCGCAGCCGGCGGCCAGCGAGAAGCACGAGGUGUACGCGGAGCCGGACCAGGACCGCCAGGACCUGGAGUACGGCGCGAGUAUUGCCGUGCCGAGCAAGGUAACGCCAACGGCGGAGUUCCUUCAUCAACAGCAUGCCCAUCAUUCUCACCGCGAAUACGGCCACCGUUACCCCCAUCAUCAUUCGGCGACUAACAGCAAGCUAAGCGUCUCGCAUCCGCAGCUACUAACGAAUAACAAUUACGAUCGCUUGCAAUCAUCAUCAUCGUCCGAAAGCUCGUACGGGGCACGUCCGAAGGACGCGCAUCGCGCUGACGAAGCUCUGCCACGGCAGCAGCAGCAGCAGCAGCAGCAGCAGCAGAAGCAGCAGCAGCAGCAGCAGCAGCAGCAGAAGUCGCAGCAAAAGCAGCAACAUCGCUCGACCACGAUCGUUCACGAACCGUCAUCAUCUCUUCACGCUGGAACUCAUCUCACGGAGCUCGCGCGGGAUAUUCAGCAUACCGCCACUAACCAGGAAUUGUCUAACCUCGUUGCAGAUCACCAGCGACCGUCACUGAGUCACGGGACGAGGUUGCCCUACGUAACGGCGGCCAUCAGCAACACCCAGCUACCGUUUUCCCGAGCGCCGCAUCAUUACGCGAGCAAUUACCAUCACUACGUCCGCCAUCAGCUUCCUCCGCCCCCUUCUCGUUACUAUCAUCAGCCCGAACCGCCGAGGACCCAACUGAUGAUCAUCCGCCGACCGGUGACAAUAACGCGCCAUCCGAUGUUGCAGACGUUACAGCAGGCCGCCAAUACGAUAACGGGCGCGUUAUCCUUGCCGUUCCCGUUCUCGUUCCCGUCCUCCUCGCCGCGGCCGAUCCUCAUCGAGCGCAAAAAGUCCGUUUACCGGCCGCCCGUCGCAAUAACGACGCUGAAGGCGAUGCUGAAGACGACUCCGAGGACGACGGCCGACAAGCCUACGUCCGAGAAACUCGCGGCGAAGAUCGACUCGAAGCAACGCGCGAAACUCGAGGCGAAGGUAGGCUUGGGCUCGGAGAUUUCCUCCGAGAAUCAUUUGGGUUCGUCCUCUUCCUCCUCCUCCUCCUCCUCUUCUUCUUCUUCCUCGUGGAAGCUUCUGAAACCCGCGCGCAACACCGGCUUCAAUCCCGACUCCAUCGUCAUCGAGAGCGGCUUCAAACCGAUCAUCAGAAACGUCGUCGACCGAGCGCCCGUCGAUGUCGCGCAGAAGAGGCUCUCGGCGGGGUCGUGGCAGGACGGGCUGCUCAGGAAGAGCGGGGAUUAUCGUACGAUCGACGAGUUCUCGCCCGUUUUCGUGCCGUCGCUGCCGGUGACGGCGUCCGCGAUCGACGGCGGCAGAAAGCGGAAGAAGAAGCCGUCGCCAGCUACGCGCGUCUCCCCGCCUCGCCUGGACGAUCUCGACGACAUGGAGAUGGCGGCCGACCUCAGACUGGACACCUAUUAUCUCCCGCCGAUCGGGAGGACGCGGCCGGAGCAGCUGCCGUCGUCCUCUUCCUCCGGCGUUCUGGUCACCUACGACGGUAAGAAGCUGCGGGACCCCACCGGCUUGGCCAGGUCCGUCUCGGACGUGGAGCAUCGCGGCAAGGGCCGGCUGACCUCGGACAUCCUCAGCAGAACGCCGCAGUUCGGCAAGUUCCAGGGCGAGCUGCCGCCGCUGAUCCCGGGAGAGAUGCGCGCGAACGACUCGAUCCCGCCCUCGUACGGCAAGAAGAACCGUCUGCCGCUGCUCGUCGAUCUGCCGCCGCGCGAGCUCCUGUCGAAGACCAGCACGAGGUUGAAGCUGGUGGAGAGGUCGAAGAGAUCGCCGCUGGACGUCGGCCGCACGAUGUCCAGCGCGGACUUUCAGCGCGGCGGCGAUCGGGUCGAAUCGGUCAGCGGCGGCGGUGCGCGCCUCAGCAGCCUCGGAUGGGUCGUUCUGCUCGCGAUCGCGGCGCGCCCCGCGAUCUGAGAGAUCGCGGUGACCGGCACCCCCUGUCCUCCGACGAUGGCACGGCGUGUCCUCGACGGAUAGGCGCCGGGAGGAAUCGGAAGACGAUCGUCUUGGGAGCGCCCGCGCGGCUCACGGCGGCACAGGAUCGUUCGGGACAUGGUGGAAGUAUACAAGGUGAACCAUUCCCGUGGACGCGCAGUAGCCUAAAAGUAGUGGGGACGAUCCGUCCAAUAAGAGCCGUGCUUUUUUGCGGAUACCUCUUUAAGAUUAGGUUGGGUUAUGAUUUGUUUGACCGUUCAAACUGCCGCCACGCAAAAAAGCACGCCGCUUAUUGGCUGGAAGGAAGAUUAUACCCCCUCUCUUUAUGCGCAAUGGUUCACCUUGUAUAUUUCCACCAUGGUUCGGGAAUAGUAGACGAUAAUAUUCUUCAACUGCGUUAACACCGGGGAAGGCAUUACUAACCAUUGAGAAAACCCGCUGGUUUCCUAUACAGUAGUACAAUCCGCCUGUCAAGCUCGCGUCUCGCGAUUCUGGUACCUCGAUCCACCCUCAAUCGUGUUCUUUGCGUAGACUACCGUUAGCCGCUGCUCCCUUCUUUAGGCCGAACUCGAACUUGUAUGGUUUGAUGACGCUGACACUUUUAUCGCGCUCUUUUAAUUAAUGAAGAAAAUAGAAUUUUAUUAACUUCACGUAUGUCGAUACGCGCAUUAAUUUUUCUAUUGCAGUAAUAGAAUUAAUUGUGCAAUCUAAGUAUCUGGUAUCAGAAUUAUAAUCGUGUGCAAAAAGAUAUUAAAUGUUAUCGCUAAAAGAAAGUAACAUAAAAUAUAUGUUGGAGAGUCAAGAGCCAAAAGAAACAAGCAAUAUAAGAUGUUGUCGUUAAAAAUUUAUAAUUUAUUGUCUGACGGUAAACUAAACGUUAUGUAUACGUUUCGAUUUUACUUUGUAAGUCUUUUUAGUACAAUAAUUAAUAGAAGAAUAAAAAUUAUAUAAAAACUGAAAGUCAAACGUGUCAACAUAAUUUUAAAAUGAGUAAAAAUUAAUUCGAUUCAACUUAUUUCUUCCAUUAAUUAUUAUGCCGAAGAAGACUCGGUGAGGUUGAAACCCAUACAGCACGCAUGUCUAAGGCCCAGUUUCACCAAACAUCGUUUAAUUUUAAUCUUGGUUUAAUUAACGUACGUUUGCCUUUUAUCUAAAGUAAGAGUCGAACAGAGACCGAGAACGAAUUAAGCUAAGUUUAAAGUUAAGCGACGUUGGUGAAAUCGAGCCUAAAAGACGCCUUAAAGAUGUCUUAAAGAUACCUUUUAGACAUACGUGCUGUAUGGGAACGUACACAAUAUUUAGUUUAUCAUCGGUUAAUUAAUUAUACACUUUUUAAUGACAACAUCCUAUAUUGCUCGCGGUUAUAUUUUCCUGGCCUUAAAUUGUUUACAUAUGUUAUUACAUAUAACGAGAACGGAAGAUAUUGUUCUUGCGGUGCAUGAACAUUGAACGUGUCGCAAUCCGUCGCGUAAAGAAGUUGUAACAAUGAUCUGGGAGAAGUGCGAGCUUAUAAUCACAAUAAAUGUGUAUUUUCUAGUAUCGCGACAUUACGAUGCAUAACGCGAUAAUUGAUAUAAUUCCAAGGGAAAAAAAUCACGAUUAAACCAGAUAGAAGAACACAGACGUGAAAGCCCGAUCGAGUUUUGCAAACAUCGGUUUACAGCUGGUGCAGGAGGCGUUUGCAGCAAUAGGCACUUGUUGAGUUUUGUGCUGGCAUAUAUAUUUGUAAAUAAGUUAAAAUAUUUGUUAUAAUAAAGGUAAUCUUGACACAGUUGUCUCCAAGUUGUUGUGUGCACUGUCCUGUUUCUCGGUAGAAUCAAGAAAAGCUCGACCUAUAGAUUCUACUUGAAGAAAAUAGUAAAAAUUUUUGACAAACUU